AUGACCACAGAAAAGGAUGAAAUAGAAUUUCGUGAAGUAAUCGAUGCCCUUGAAAAUGUUGGUAAACCUUUGUACUAUGUACCUGGGAAUCACGAUCCGGAUACUUCUUUUCUCCAAUCCGCUUAUCAAGGAAAAAAUGAAAAUUCAAGAGUGAUGAAUAUACACAACAAGUUAGUCAAUUUGGUUCCCGGAUUGAGCAUGGUGGGAUUCGGAGGAUCAACUGAUGCCGUGGUUAGAAAGUCACCAGAACAAGUUUUAUGGCCAGCUUAUCCAAGAAAUACUGAAUCUCUACUUGCUGAAAAAUUACCAACUCUUCUCGACAAUGUCAAAGAUGAAAUUAUUUUGGUAACACAUGUUGGACCCACCGAAGUUGGAACAACUGAUGUAAGCAAUUUUCCUUUGCAAGAUCCAUCUGUUGACUCUGGCAGUCAAUCUAUACGCGAUAUUCUCAAAAAAAGCACACCAUUAUCACCAGAAGAUUCAUCUCAAUGUAACAUUAUGUUUAAUAUUCACGGUCAUACACAUUGUGCUUUUGGGCUUUCGCACCUAGGUCAGACUUUGAUAAUUAAUCCAGGACCUCUUCAAGAAGGUAGAUUUGCUAUUUUAACAUUAGAACAGUUUAAUAAAGAAAAAUUAUUGUCGAUGAGUGACACUCAAGAUUUUUACCAAUGUUCUGACAGAAUUAGUUCAUGGAGCAUGGUUGGAUUAGAUGAUCGUGUGAUGGAUCUGUUUCAUAUUCUUGGCAACGGUGCCAAGUUCGAUAAAAAAAGAUUUAAUGCUGAUAUUUCACUUUUUGAGCCUCAAAAUCAAAAAAAACCUGUCAAGAAUGUUAAUGACCAAGAAGCACAAGCAAAUCUUCUUCAAGAAAUCGACUUUUUUCACAACAGUAAAUCUGCUAUUAUCGAAACCCUCGGCAAGGAACAAUUGUCUAAUGAAAGAGUAACCGGAUAUAUUGAAGAGGAGACUGAUGAUAGUGAUGAAAACGAGAACGAGAAUGAAACCUCUGAUCAAGAUGAAUCUGCUGAAUUGAAUGAUUUUAGCAAACAAGAAAAUGUCAAAAUGUUCCGUAAACGCCAUCGCAUUCGUGUAUAUGGCACCGAUAUUCCAAACCCUUUUCAUUCUUUCAGUGAUCUUUAUAAUAUAUAUGGGUUUCAACAGUAUUUAUGCAAGAAUUUGGAGUCUGCUGGGUAUAAAAAACCCACACCGGUUCAAAUGCAAACGGUGCCAAUUAUUCUACAUGGACGGGACGCCAUGGCGAUGGCACCUACAGGAUCUGGUAAAACUUUGGCUUAUAUACUGCCAAUUUUGCAUGAUUUAAAUAGUCACAAGAAAAUAGGUUAUCGUGCAUUAAUAAUAUCACCGACCAGAGAAUUGGCAAAACAGAUAUAUAUUGAGUUCAAAAAGAUGUGUGUUGGUAAGAAAUUUAAAAUUUGCAUGCUUACGAAAGCAACUGCUUCCACACAAGCACAGGAUCCUCAAUUAAGACAAAAAUUUGAUAUUUUGAUUAGUACUCCUCUUCGCCUUGUUCAUGCUAUUUCGCAAGAUCACAUCGAUUUGAAAAAUGUGCGUCAUUUAGUCUUGGAUGAAGCGGAUAAGCUUCUAGAACUUGGAUUCUUAGAACAAACCGACGAAAUUUUUGCAGCGUGUUCUAAUGUCAAAUUACAAAAGUACUUGUUUAGUGCGACACUUCCUUCAGGAGUUGAAUCUUUGGCAAAUAAUUUCAUGAAAGAUCCCAUCAGGAUCGUCAUAGGUCUAAGAAACGCUGCAACAGAAACUAUAAAACAACAACUUAUUUAUGUUGGUGAAGAAAAUGGAAAAUUAACAGCUAUACGGCAAUUGAUUCAAGAGGGUGGAUUAAAGCCACCUGUUCUUAUUUUCGUUCAAUCAAUUGAUCGUGCUAAAGAAUUAUUCCAUGAAUUAAUUUAUGAUGGUAUUAACGUUGAUGUUAUUCAUGCAGAGAGAACAAAAGCUCAGAGAGAUUCAAUUGUUUUGAAUUUUCGCCAAGGAAAAAUAUGGGUGUUGAUAGCCACGGAGUUGAUGGCACGUGGUAUAGACUUUAAAGGAGUAAACUUGGUUAUAAAUUAUGAUUUUCCACAGUCGAUACAAAGUUAUAUUCAUAGAAUUGGUAGAACUGGUAGAGCUGGUAAAUCGGGUGAAGCCAUUACUUAUUAUACAAAAGAUGAUGCUCCCUACUUAAAGAG